GUCUUUGAAAUCCUCCAAGCGAGAAAGUGCGCAAACAGAAAUUUAAGGAGUAAUUCUACUUGACACUUUUUUUCCCACUUGGAAAACAAUCCCCAAGAUUUAAUCAGCAACUCAUUGGAAGUUCCCCAUUUGUACAAGGUCCAUCCGUGAUAUCCAAAGGAAAGUUUGACAAAGAGCCCAAGAGCUACAUAUUGGGGGCACUGAGCGCCAAUGUCUACGAACAGGGCGUCAAACUGAUGUUGACAAUCAACAACACGUUCUAGAAACUGCCCUGUUUAAGAUUAUAAAGGAAGUCAUAACUUCCUGAAAAGUGUGACAUCUGAGGAACAGCAACCCCACCUACCACACCAGUUUGAUAGACGGUUGCCAUCUACCAUCUGCUUACACUUUUUCUGUUACUCCACCAACCAGCAAAUUUAUGCAAUGGCUUUGGGCUGUACAAUAAUCUCUCUUCCUUUUAUUUAAGCUUCAACUUCAGCUGCUUUGGAUUCAUUUGGUGUUAGAAGUGCAUGCUGAGGAAAUUGUCAAAAGGAUCAUCAUCUGCGAAGGUUUACAGAAAACAUCAAGAUCUGCAGCUGAUCCUAAAAUAAAAAUACAGAAAUGAACACAAGCAACUGCACAGACUUGACGAACACUGCAGUGACGAAGCUGACUCUCCCAGUUUUGUAUUUCUCGGUUUUUAUUGGAGGGUUACUGCUGAACUCACUGGCUGCCUGGAUCUUCUGUCACAUUCCAAGUCAAUCCAGCUUUGUGGUUUAUCUCAAGAACAUCGUCACCGCUGAUGUGAUGAUGCUCAUCACGCUUCCUUUUAAAAUCCUGUCUGAUUCAAGUCUUGGACCCUGGCAGCUGAAAGCAUUUGCGUGUCGUUACACUCUCGUGUUCUUCUAUAGCAGCAUGUACCUGAGCAUAAUGUUCCUCGGCCUCAUCAGUUUCGACAGGUAUUUGAAGAUAGUAUGGCCCAUGAGAAACCUCAUGGUGCAAAGGAUCAUCUUUGCCAAGGUCAUUAGUGCAGGCUGUUGGGUCGUAAUGAUGGGCUCUGCGCUUCCCAGCAUCAUUUGGACAAACAAGACACCCACAAAGGAAACUGCAGCACAGUGUCAUCAGUUGAAAAACCAGCUCGGUAAAAAUUGGCACAAAUUCGUCAUUAUAAAAUGCGGAGCUAUUUUUUGGAUGACUUUUGUCCUCCUCAUUGUGUGUUAUUCGGCCAUCUUAAAAAAAGUAUACUGGUCCGAUCAAAAAUUCCAAAAGGACUCCAGCAACGUGAAAAAGAAAGCAAAUCGUAACAUAUUCAGCAUCAUGGGAGUCUUCAUCGUCUGCUUUGUGCCUUAUCAUGUUGUCAGACUCAUCAAUGAUAAAAUCCGUGAUCAGGGAAAGUGUGCAACAUUCGCAUUGUAUUAUGCAAAGGAGAUCUCUCAGUUUCUAUGUGCAUUUAAUGUUUGCCUUGACCCAAUCAUCUAUUUCUUGCUCUGCAAGUUAUUCACCAAGCUGCUGUUUAAAAGGAUGCGAGUAAAACAAGAUCUCGAAAUAGAAAUGUCUUAAGUGAAGACAUUGGAAUUCACUGCCAAAUAUACGUGCACUUAACCAUCCAGCUCUAACAAAGCAAUCACCUCCAAGUUCCUACUGGUUCCCUCAGCCAAAUCAUUAGAUUUUACUACAAAUGCUAUGUUAAGCCCUUGACUGCUCCAUAUUGGAGAGACAGCAGGAGCAGUUUCAAAAACCUACCCAAGCAACUAGUCACACAAAGCAAACGUCCAAGCGACGUAAAUCAACCCGAAAAUUUGGGAAAUUUGCAAUUCUCAGUCUCUCUCUCUUAAACCCUGGACUUGCCAAUUUGCACAUUAAUAACAGUGCACCGUUAUCACACCAUUAAUUUUCCAGCAAGAUUGGGCACCAUAUGUAUGUCACUAACCCUUUUCCUAAACUGAAACAUGGGUGAGAACACAUGUACAUCCAUAAUCUAGACACAGUCCGCCGUGAAAAACCUAUUACUUUAUAAGGGCCACAAAGCACCGUCUGACUACCUGUAUUUUCUUCUAUUGUGACACUGGGGGAAGCUGACUGCACAUUUACUGACAUCUAAAGUAAUGAUGGAAGCCGUGAAUCACAUUGCUGAUUAAUGCUUCUCAUAAAUAUUCUUCAGUAGCAAUAAACUUUGACCUAUAUUUAAACACCCAGACAUUAAUGGGACAGCUGCUUGUUUUCUAUUCUUAGCUCCUACAUUGAUGUUAAGACAUUAUAAUUUUCCUUUUUGUUUUACUCACUAGUCACAUUCCACAGGCCACUCCUUACUUACCUUCCUCUUGCAGCAGAAUGGAGUGAAGGGGAUGCGGAUCUGGUCAGCAUGCCAGGACAAUUUCCUUUUAUGUGAUGCACUGGCUUAUUUGGCUUUCUGUAAAUAAUUUCACAUUGAAUUAAAUAUUCUAACUUGAACUUCCUUCCUUAGACUCUGCAUGUCUCAAAUAAGAAUUCUUAAAUCGAAUUGCUUGAAGCGUUGUUGCUUUCCCUCUUCACACAGGUCCCAGAUCCCCCAUCAACAGCGCUGUGUCAAAAAUGAUUACCCUAAGCUGCUGCAUUGAAACUCCAUUCAAAGCCUGUGGGCAAUUGUAAAUUCAUUGAACAGAGAUUCCACGGCUACUGAUAGCAAAUUCCGAGCUAAUAGUGGUCUGUGUAGGUCCUCUGCUGAUUUCUCCAAAUCACAAAGCAGGUCUUCUUUCCUUAACACCUCUACUCAAUCUUAUGCUGCGCAAUUCUUUAUGUUUGUAGAAUGCAUUAUUUGCUAUUGCUAUUCAAGCUCUGAUUUCUUUCUGGCAGUAACCAAAUUCUGACGAGAUGCUUCCCAGAUACUUAAAUUGUGAGACUUGGUCCAGCUUUUGAUCAUUUAUCUUGACCUCUGCUUUCCUUCCAUAAUUUGUCCUAAUCUUCAUAACUUUGUCUUUUUUACAUUAAUUUUCAUUCCGUGAGCUUUUAACACUUCACUCAGUCUAUCUGUAGAUCUUCUGAUGUGCUAGCCACUUGGAUCUGAUCAUCUGCAAAUCUCACUAUCUUCACCAAGUGACCUCCUACGUCGACACCUUUCUGUACUUCAUCUCAAGCUUCUUUUAUCAUGUCUUCCACAUAGCGGAACAGCAAUGGUGAGCAUAAACAGACUAGCACCCUGAAUACGAGUUUCAAUUUUGUGACCCAAUGUAAAAUAACAAAAUGCUGUACAGAAAUAACACCAGAUUGUUUUCCUUAAACUUUCUGUAGCAAGUGAAAGAGCAAAGCGCAGAAGUGCAGUUUCCCUGUUGCUUCACUGAGUAAACUAGUGUUGCACACAAGGGCUGUGAAACUGAAAAUGAUGACAGGGUCAAUUCUUGGUCUGUGCUGAGUUCACUGAUCUCAUGGAAGGUAUAAUUCUGGGCCAGGAAUGGAAACAGUCUGGGUAAGAGUCAAAUGAUGCCUUCUGUAAUGAAUUGUCUAUCUAUUCUCUAGCUUUUGGUCUCACAAGCAGCAAAGUACCAGGCAGCUGCUGGACUCCCUGGAAUCUCAUUCUGGUGAGAUUCAGGAGAAAUGCAACAAUAUUCAACAGCAUUAAAAUGCACAAGAAACUCCUAAGGUUUAUUCGAAUGCUUUAACGUUUUCUUGCUGUUGCUAACAUAUUGCUUCAAUGCUGUACUUAGAGAUUCAAAUUAAACGCUAAUUUAUGAGAAA